GUGACAAAUAAAACCUUAACUCGUAUGCCGCUGUCACUCUCGCUCCGGUGGGUGAGUGUUCAACUUCUAUUAACACAGGAUACAUUCCUGUUGUAUCAUUAUCGGGAAAGAUAUUUCCAAAGCAACACAAUAAAACAAGAAAUUGAUACCCAUGUUGCUUCAUAAUGAAUGAUUUUGUUUGUGCUAAGCUAAUGCAGUUGAACUUUGCAUGUCAACCUAAAGGUACCUAGCUAGCAACGAUAGUUAAGUCAUUUUAGGCACUGACAACACAUAUAACUGAGGGAAUGAGUAUUCUUGCUGUACAGUUUGAAUUUCUUGAACACUGGUGUUUCUAUUAAAACAUGGUACUGUGGUAGCUUUUUCACGAGAGUUUUUGAAUUACUGAAGUUGACAAGUUUCCUCAGUAAAUUAUCUAUCUAUUUAUCUAUCUAAUAGCAUGUCAGUCAAACCAAAGCAAGCCUAAUAUUUGUGUCUGCCCUCUCAUUUAGAGUGAAAUACAGAGGGCCACUGCUUGUCCCGCUAACAGCACCUAAUGUGGCAAGAAAACACCUGGAGGAAGACUCUUGUUGUAUGCCAGAGCACUAUUGUUGCUACCGUUACGUGCUCUUCAUUGAGUCUGCACCCGCAGUUUCCAGGCCAUACUCCUUGAGUGGAUGAAAAUUCCUGUUUUGAUUAGAAAAGUAGAAUAUCAGCUUACCUUUUCCAUUGAGUGGUGAGGUUACAGUACCUCUCAGAUUUGGUAGGUGUUGCCCCAGGGCAGGCUAGGAAGAUGUCAAAGAAGAAGAAGCACAAAAAGUCGAGGCACAGAACAUCUUCACCAGAGAAGGCGGGUGAGGACAGUGCUAAGAAACAGAGGAGAGUGGCCUAUGAGAAAAGGGAAGAGGGUAAUUACGAGCAUGGCAGACCAUCAAGUUCUGCUGACAGGAAAAGGAAAGCAGAGAAUAGGGACAAGACCUCGCCCCCACCAAGACGAUCCAGUCCAGACAGAGGCCGUGAGCUCAAAAAGCCUGUCUACCGUUUAGCCACCUCAGCGGAGAAAAAAGACAGAAGAAAAGAUGAAGAAGGGAGAGAGGCAAAGACAGAACACCACAGGACGAAUGAAGGGAAACGGGGAGAAAAGAGACAUAAGACAUCCCGUAGAGAAAGCCUCUCUUUGAGCUCUGAGAGAAGCCGCUCUCGAUCGCACAGAACCUCAUCUCCACAGGCCAGCAAAGCCAACCUGCCCCACGCACAGGGACGAAGCACCGCGCUUGGGGUCAGAGCACGCCACAGCACUCCCCCCAGCCCGGCGAAAGGUGUACCUCUCGAUCUGAAGGAGCAGAGGAAGACGUUAGUGAGAAGGAGAUCAGAAGAGGAGCCUCCUGCUAAGACCUCCAGGAGUACCCCGGUCCCACAGCGGCAGGCAGAGGAGCUGAGGCAGGAGAGAAAGAAGCUGGUGGAGAGGAGGAGGUCCACUGAAGAGGUCGAGGCAAACCCCCCCUCAACAAAGCAGGAUGGAGGGGUCCAACAAGGGAAGACCCAGAGUAGUGGCACAGCAGAGUCUCAUUCAGCCAAAGUCAUCGGCUCAGCUCGGCCAGGCUCAGGUUCAGCGUUGCAGAGGGCUCCAAGGACUCAGCCCUCAGGCACACAGAAUCAUGCUCCCCCCAAACCACAGCCCGCCGUCAGCUUCAGGAUCGGCAAGAAGCUCAAAGCUCUAUCACCAUGGACAGACAUCUGGGACCAGACUGACCAGAGCACGGCCCAGUCUGCUGCUCCAUCUAAACCCCUCUCUACAACAACGACACACCACGCUACUCCAUCUAAACCCCUCUCUACAACAACGACACACCACACUACACCAUUUAUACCCCGCUCUACAACAAGAGCAGGCCAGGCUACUCCAUCUAAACCCCUCUCUACAACAACAGCAGGCCAGGCUACUCUUUCUAAACCCCUUUCUACAACAACAGCAGGCCAGGCUACUCCAUCUAAACCCCUCUCUACAACAACAGCAGGCCAGGCUACUCCUUUUAAACCCCGCUCUACAACAACCGCAGGCCGGGCUACUCAUUCUCUUAAACCCCUUUCUACAAGAACAGCAGGCCAGGCUGCUGCUUCGCCUGAAUCCCUCUCCAUAACAAGAGCAGGCCAGGCUGCUGCUUCGCCUGAAUCGCUCUCCAUAAAAAGAGCAGGCCAGGCUGCUGCUUCGCCUGAAGCCCUCUCCAUAACAAGAGCAGGCCAGGCUGCUGCUUUGCCUGAAGCCCUCUCCAUAACAAGAGCUGCUCGGGCUGUAAAACGGACAUCCCCCAUGUGCAGGCCUCAGCAGCACGAGGAGGAGAAAGAUGUUCCACAAAGGUUCCAUUCUGUGGCUGCAUCUUUCAGUACACCUGUAUGUCUCCCUGAGCAAUCACAGGUGAUGCCCACCAUCUCGUCGAGCCGCCCUUCAGCCUGGAGCUCACAGACAGUGCCAUCAUCUUUAUUUAUUUUACCAGAGGAGAACCAUGACGUGGGUGACAAUGAUCAAGAGAUGCAGCUACUGGAGGAGCUUCAGCAGGCUCGUUGUGAGCGGCGGUUGGAGGUGAAUGUGGUGGAGAGUUACGGGGAGCUGACUGCCAUGGACAUUGAUCCACCAGAUGAGGGCACCACACCUCCACAGAUGCUUAGCAAAGAGCUCAUACAGCAAGACCUCCUAAUCGUCAUGGACACCAACAUCCUGCUGAGUCAUCUGGACUUAGUGAAAAAGAUUCGGUCACAUGGUCUUGGGUCUUUGGGCUUCCCCACCGUGCUCAUCCCCUGGGUGGUGCUACAGGAGCUGGACGCCAUUAAGAACGGCAAGCUGACCAAUGCAGUGACGCGCCGGGCCACGCCCGCCGUCAACUACAUCUACUGCUGCCUGAAGAACCAGGAGCCUCGCCUCACGGGCCAGUCUAUGCAGCAGGCCUCACUGGCUCUCUGUGGGCUGAAGACUGAGAAUAAUGAUGAUCGUGUUUUGCAGUGCUGUCUGCAGUACCAGAAGCUCUACCCAAAGAACCAAACCAUCCUUUGCACGAAUGACAAGAACCUGUGCAGUAAGGCUGUGCUGAGUGGGGUCAGAGCUCUCAGUAAGACAGACCUGCUGCGUGAGGUGGACAGACUCAAGUCAGGGGUCCUUGGCACCACACCCACAGCUGACCCACGCACUGCCUGUCCCUGCUGGCAGCCUGCAGGGAAAGAUGAAGAUAGGAGCAGACAGGAACCAAAGCCUGAAGCUGAGAGAACGGAACAAAGAGAUGAAGAGGAGCAAAAGAGAGCAGCAGCGGCCAGUCGUGAGCUGAGCGAGUGUGUGUGCCAUCUGGAGGACACCCUGAAGGGGGCGCUGUCCGCAAUCCUAGAGCAAGAGAUGAGGGAGGCCUACGGAGACCUGUGGAAUGAGAUUGUGUACCUGAAGCCUCCCUGGAGUCUGAGCGAUGUGCUGCAGUGUGUGAAGAAGCACUGGAUUGCGGUGUUCGGAAACAUCGUCCAGCGCGGACUCCAGAGCAACAUCUGCCAGCUCAUCGACUGCCUUUGCUCAGAUAAGACGGUCGACCGUGAGAGCGUGCUGCUGUCUCUGGCAGUGGCGGUGGAGCUCUUCACAGCCUUCAGCAGCAGGUGUGACUACAGCGGUGUCCUCCCCCAGAGCCUGACCAUCCUCCAGGGGCUCCUGCAGCGACUCCAGCCCCAGCCUUCCAGGUCUCCCAAGGCAGAUGAUGACUCAGUCAUGCUGGAAGAGGAGGUGUCCCAGGCCUCUGGUGUGACUCAUCAGGACGUGUGGCAGGUCUUUGAGAACAUCUGGAACAACGUGUGUCGGCUCAGCUCCGCUGUGUUCACAGCCCUCCAAUACCAUCCGGGCUCCAUGGAAACGGCUCCGUCUAAAGAAGCUCCUCCGCCUUCCCAGGAUGCACUCUGCUGCCUUCAGAAGCUCUGUGUGGCUGUUGCACAACUGCUGCAGGAUUUUCAGAGGCUUCUCUCAGCUGACUGCUCUGUAAAUGAUGCCCAGUCUCUCAUCACCUUCAUACAAACCACUGAGAUUGCUGUGCUAGAGCCUCACUUCACUGCUCAGGACCUAUACGAUUGUCUGUCACAGCAGGAGUUCAGACAACAGCUGUGUGUUGGCGGCAACCAGCUGUCAGAGCUGCAGGUGAACCUGGAGAGGUGUGCUGCUGUUGUGGGCCGGACGUGGAGCUGACACCCACACCCAUCAGAACAUCCCCAGCCCCUCACCGCCUUCACCCAGAACCACCACAGCCAUUUACACCACCACCUACAUAGAACCCUGGACCUGGGACAAACCUAGUUCAGUUCCCCCAUAAACCAGAUGGAUCCACCCCCAGUAGAAAAUUAAAUAACCCAUCUACUCUCCACAACCCCAUGUUCAAGCCAUCAUAGGCAAAAUGACACUUGAAAAAAAUAACCUGAACCCAGACUGCAGCCAAGCCCAACCGAGAAUGCCAACCCGAAGCAUGAAGCAGAGCCCAGCCUUCCACCUCCCUCCACAGCUCCGGUGUCCUCCCACAGAAUCCACAUUUUCCAAUUCAAAUUUAUAAAACUUUGUUAGACAUCCCAGGGCUGCAGAGGAGCUCGUCUUAAACCAUACACACAACUUCAGUGAGGAGUUGAAGAGCUUCAGUUGGUUCUGUUCUUUGCUCUAUUUUGUUCAUUCGUUUGUUUGUUUGUUUGGUUUCAUCAUAGCCUGUAGACCAUGAACCAUCCCCUCAAUAAUGCCGUUAGUGCUAAUGCAUCAUAUUCAACAGGACCACAGCAUCUAGGAUGGUCCUUGUCCUAUGCACUACUGAUCACUGUCCACCCAGGUUCAUUAAAGUGUGAGGUUAAGCCUGGCCUGGCAGAUGAGUGGCUAUAUUCUCCCAUGAUUUGAGAAUAGCUAAUGAGGACUUGAAGCCUGUCCUGAUAAGUGUUUGAUGUGAAUGUUCCGGAACAUUCUUGAAGUCUCCUGUGAAAACUCAGCUAGCUCGUGGUGCAUUUUAGGCUGUGGUGGCUGUAUGUCCACCUCACGCUUUGCUGUGAUGGUCCUGGUGCUGUAAUUAAGUUCACGUGUGUACCCAGCCCACACGUUCUUUUCUUGCAGGCGUGUAGCAACCCUGCCCUGAAGCAGCCCUGGGUCUGCACUGACGUCCCGUCUUUGUGGUUGGGUUACAUAACCUCCCCAGUCUUGCAGUCAGUCAGCCAAAGAGGUAUGAGAAUGAUGUCAGUGGCAUGCCUAGAAGGCUGUUCCACCACUUUGUCACUCUAUCAUUUUCUGCUGCUGUGAUUUUUCAUUUUCUCGUGGGACUCAGCUAUGCAGUAUACCUCAAGUGAUGGCAAACUCUGAAAACUUUUUCUUUUUUUAACAAACAUUUGAUAUGGCAUUUACAGAGACUGCUCAAGCUAGCUAAAAAAAUAAACUUUAUGCAAUGCAUUUUUUUAUCAUGAAUAAAUUAUAAAUUGUAUAUUAUUUGUUUAUUGUAAUUGAGUAUUAGCCAGGAUGGACGGUUCUUUUCCACAAACUGUAAAUAGUUUUAUGUAAAUGCACAUUUUUUUAAAGUUUGUUUUCAUUAAAAAACUAAUAAAUCCAUGCAA